AUGUCUUUCCACGAUAGAACACCCCCGAAACCCAUCACGCCGCAAUCGAUACCACUUCAAGAUUUAGCCAGACCACCGGAUGACGGCGUGCCAUCCCAAGGACAAGGGUGGGAUGGAGGUGGUAUCACUGGCCAUGUCCACCGUCACAGUCGUACGAGAUCAUUGUUGACGGGGCGCCGAACCCCAGACUACGCUCGACUGGACGAGGAAUCUCCCACAAGAGCAGGUGAACAUGCUAGAACACAAGAUCCCUAUAGGGAUCACUCCCCCAUCGAAAACCUCGAUGGCUUUGCCGCUGCCACUGUUGGCUUGGACUUUGGCCCUCCGUCUACCCCUCCGCAUGCCGGUCUCUCUCGACCGACCAUCAUCACAACUCCUGCCGAUGGAGAUUCGGGCGAAAUCGAGAACCUGUUCUCCCCUCCUGACUCCGACACGACACCUCUGAAUGAGAGCCGAGGUUUCAAUUCCUCUCUGAAGGCUUCCAGUUCAAUAUCGAGAGGACAAAGGAACGAUGGAUCAAGGAAGAGAUCCAGUGUACACUGGACCGAUCGAGAAUCCCCAUCUCUCCGACCAGGCCGCAUCUCACGCCUCGGGGAUGACCUCCCAACUCUUGAUACAGGUAUUGGUUUACAACGCGAGCCGAGUAGUGCCAGUGGGAUUCACCGUCUGAGUUCAUCUCGAGAUCCAUCUGCGGAACGCUCUAGGUCUCUUUCACCUUCCCCAUCUCCGAUGGCCAGGGCAAAUUCAAUCCUCCGUGGUAUCUCUCAGCGUGUAGUGAACCUGAGUAACGAUUCCGAAGUCGUUGAACAAACUAUGCGUCGCAAGUCGUCCAUCCGCGACCAUCGCCGGCCCAGUGCUUCGGGCACAAUCCCGCCCAUACCUGACAUUGAGGAUACUCCUGCCGUCAGCUCUCCCUUGGAGAAAGUUGCCUCCUACGAAGUCUCUCCAAUCGCAAACCCUUUCCCGCCAGCCUAUCAUCCAAACCCACUUCUUGGAAAGACUUGGGGUGUUUUUGGCCCGCAAAACCCUCUUCGAAAAUGGCUUUGUGAAAUCCUUGUUCAUCCUUUGACGGAGCCUACCAUCUUAGGAUUGAUCGUGGCCCAGACCGUUCUACUCGCCACGAAUGCUGCCUCAAAAGCGACAUAUCUGGAGACACGGAACAAGAAGUGGGGCACAGGCUUCGACUAUGCCAUCUUAGGUCUGUUUGUGAUAUACACUCUAGAGCUGAUUGCACGUACCAUUGUUUCCGGGUUCAUCUCAAACCCUCGAGAACAUAGUACUAUCAAUCGGUCAGUUGGCUUACGAAAGGCCGUUCUUCAGAAAGCCGAAACCCUGUUUGCACCUGCACAUGAUCGUCAUAUGCCAGAGAGAGUCCCAACCGAUCAAUUCGAUGGCCCAAGCCAACCUUCAAUUGUGAGAACUCUUACGGGUGUCCCAGCACCGGGAGGUCCGGGUCACAGUAAACAACAACAGAGAAUACGCCUAGCCCGACGAGCCUUUCUUAGGCACUCAUUUAAUCGACUCGACUUCUUAGCUGUUGUGUCUUACUGGAUAUCAAUGUCCCUGCAGUUGACUGGCUUCGAAGACUCUAGUCACGUCUAUGUGUUCAAUAUGUUGAGUUGUCUCCGGAUAUUGCGCUUACUCGGUCUGACUGCGGGUACUUCGAUCAUCCUGAGAAGCUUAAAGAAGGCUGCACCCCUCUUGGUUCAUGUCGCAUUCUUGAUAUGCUUUUUCUGGCUUAUAUUUGGCAUUGUGGGAGUUCAGAGCUUCAAGUCUAGCUUGCGCCGUACCUGUGUAUGGGUGGGAGAUGAUGGCUCAGGAAGCAAUUACACCCUCAACAUUGCGCCUGAGAACAUACAAUUCUGUGGUGGCUACCUGGAUGCUGUGAGUGGCGCUGCCAUGCCAUGGCUGUUCAGUGACGGCCGAAAUGGAACCAGCGAGUCCAAGGGCUACCUUUGUCCUCAAGGCUCCUUAUGUGUUGAGGGCUCCCAAGGUCCUUAUAAUGGGACAGUGAGCUUCGAUAACAUUCUGCAGUCGCUGGAGCUAGUCUUUGUCAUCAUCAGCUCAAACACGUUUUCUGAUUUGCUCUAUUAUCUGACCGAUACAGACUAUCUGGCAGCCGCGUUGUUUUUUGCCGCAGGUAUCGUGGUCUUGAGUUUGUGGUUGGUCAAUUUACUGGUUGCGGUUAUUACUUCAUCGUUUCAGAUCAUCCGCGAAGAGAGCAGACAAAGCGCAUUUACAGCCGAAAAGAUCGAUGAGCCUGUCCUGGAGGAUGAAACAAAGGCCAAAAGAAGUCGUCUUAAAGCCCUCUACGACAAAACCCACAUCUUUUGGGUCGUUGUCAUUGCCUACUCUCUCAUUGUCCAAGCUCUUAGAGAGGCCGACAUGAGCAGGGAACAAGAACAAUUCAUCAUGAACUCGGAGAGUUGUGUGACGCUAUUGCUAUUGGUGGAGAUUAUUCUUCGAUUUCUUUGCGACUGGAGAAACUUCUUCCGCGGUAAACGAAAUUGGGUGGACUUGUUCCUUGCAGUCGUUACUUCCAUCACCCAAAUACCAGCAAUUCGGAACUCCGAAAAGGCAUAUGCAUGGCUAACCACCUUUCAAAUCGCUCGCAUCUACCGGGUCGUUCUCGCUAUCCGAGUCACCAGGGAGCUCAUCAUGAUUGUCUUUGGAAAUAUUGUGGGAUUGCUGAACUUGAUUCUAUUUGUCUUUCUAUUCACCUUCCUCGCCGCCAUUAUGGCAUCACAGCUGUUUCGUGGCGAUUUCCCAGCUGUCGAUCCUGCUGGCGAUUCAAUACAAACUACGUUUUUCGACAUCUGGAAUUCCUUCAUUGGCAUGUAUAUUAUAUUCUCCAGUGAAAAUUGGACGGGGAUAAUGUAUAACUCGACCCAAUUCAAUCUUCGCUGGGAUACAGCCUGGCUCAGCGCCAUGUUUUUCAUUUUGUGGUUCGUGGUCGCAAACUUGAUUGUCUUGAACAUGUUUAUUGCUGUCAUCCAGGAGAGUUUCGAUGUUUCAGAGGAUGAAAAGCGGCUUCAGCAAGUAAAAGCAUUUUUGAAGCAGAAGGAGGUUGCCGGUCCUGCUAGUGGUAACUUAUCUUUGGCGGCUGUCUUCAAGAUGGGACGAGAUUCCAUAAGACACCGUGACGCACUCGAGUAUGGAACCUCAACUGUCGAACAACUUCUGAAAGACGCUGUCGUAAAGGACUUUCUUGAUGAGCAACCGGAGAGUAUCAAUCGUCGCCCAACUUCGAUGCAUCUCCCAGAGAUAGCAGCAGUAAAUCCAGGGUUUCUAUCCAGAAUAUGGGGAAAGAUUGCGGGUCUGAACACCCACAGAGAGCCCAACCCGUUUUAUACCAACACGUCGUCCACCAGGGCGAAUGAGGAGUUUGAUCCGCGAGCGGUUGCUAAAAGAGUGGUCAAUACUACAGAAAAUCGUCGUCGUGCACAACGACAAUAUCUUCAGAAUCACCCCAAAUAUAACGUGUCUCUAUUCAUCUUCAAGCCGCACAACCCUAUUCGAAGGAUGUGUCAAUAUGUUGUGGGACCAGGUCGAGGGAGCGAACGCGUGGAAGGUGUUUCCCCAUACCGUCCAGCAUGGUACGCCUUCUCGGCAUUUACGUACGCCGCCAUCGUGGCGAUGGUUAUACUCGCAUGCAUUACUACGCCGCUUUACCAGAGAGACUACUACCUGGCAAACGAGCUAAGCAUCAAGACAUGGUUCAUCUGGACUGACUUAGGCUUCGCGGUGCUCUUCUUGGUUGAAGCUCUGAUCAAGACCAUUGCCGACGGUCUGUUUUUCACUCCUCACGCAUACUUUCGAAGCAUCUGGGGUGUGAUUGAUGCAAUCGUCCUUAUUACACUUUGGAUCAAUGUUGGCACGGCUUUGGUUCGGGAUGAUGGAGUUUCACGCGCUGUUGGUGCUUUUAAGGCAUUGAGAGCCUUGCGCCUUCUCAACAUCAGUGAUACGGCACGAGAAACCUUUUAUUCUGUCAUUGUCAUCGGCAUCUACAAGAUUAUGGCGGCGGCUUUCGUCUCCCUAAGUUUGCUCAUCCCAUUUGCAAUACUUGGCCUCAAUUUAUUCAAUGGCCAGAUGCAGGCAUGCAAUGACGGGGAUUUUGAUGGCUUACUGACCAAUUGUGUGGGCGAAUUUAACUCUACUCCGUUCAACUGGCCUGUGCUUGCCCCGAGGCAGGUAUCCAAUCCCUGGUUCAAUUUCGAUACCUUUGGAGAUUCGCUAUUCAUCCUCUUUCAGAUUGUAUCUCAAGAAGGCUGGACAGGAGUCUUGUCGGCAGGAAUGAACAUUGCAGGACGCGGUUUGCAGCCACAAGAAUUCGCGUCCCAGGGCAACGCGGUCUAUUUCAUCGUCUUCAACCUACUUGGAGCCGUCUUCGUGCUGACAUUGUUCAUCUCUGUCUUCAUGCGCAACUAUACGGAGCAGACAGGGGUCGCCUACUUGACUGCAGAACAGCGGUCCUGGUUGGAGUUGCGGAAGCUGCUGAAGCAAAUAUCGCCUUCAAAGCGCUCUACCAGGGAUAAGAGUGCUUCUUGGAAGAAAUGGUGUUAUGAAUCUUCGAUUCAAAAACGAGGCAAAUGGCAACGGUUUAUUACCGGAAUACUCUUGUCACACCUUGCACUUCUCAUAGUCGAUUUCUACCCAGAACCGAAAUGGUGGCAAAGGAUGCGCGAGUACAUCUUCCUAGCCUUCACUCUCAUCCUCAUGAUCAACAUAGGGGUUAAGAUUGUCGGACUCUCCUGGCACCGAUUUCGACGAAGAUCAUGGGACGUUUAUUCAGUUAUCUCUGUCUCGGGAAUUUUCGUGACAUCAGUGAUGAGCUUGGCGCAAGUCCAACUCAGGACAUUUGACACGCUUCACAAGCUCUUCCUGGUGUCUGUGGUGUUUUUGCUAAUACCUCGCAACAAUCAGCUCGAUCAGCUUUUCAAGACAGCCGCAGCGUCACUCCCCCUCAUUUUGAACUUGUUGGCGACCUGGUUUGUGCUUUUCCUGGUCUACGCCAUUGCAUUCACACAAGCCUUCGCUCUGACCCGUUUUGGUGAGAAUGAGAACAACAACGUCAAUUUCCGGACGGUCCCCAAAGCUCUGAUUCUUCUCUUUCGCAUCAGCAUCGGAGAAGGGUGGAAUCAAGUUAUGGAAGAUUAUUCAGGCAUCGAGCCACCAUUCUGUGUCAAAGAAGCUAGUUUCUUCGAUAGCGACUGUGGUAGCUCGAAAUGGGCCAGGCCGCUAUUCAUCUCUUGGAACAUUAUCAGCAUGUACAUCUUUGUAUCUCUGUUUGUUUCGAUGAUCUUCGAGAGCUUCUCGUACGUGUAUCAGCAAAGCAGUGGCAUGUCUGCCGUGAGCCGAGAUGAGAUUAGGCGCUUUAAACAAGCAUGGGCGGAGUUUGAUCCUCAAGGUUCAGGAUUUAUAUCCAAACAGCAGUUCCCACGGCUACUCGGGGAGCUUUCUGGAGUAUUUCAGAUGCGCAUCUAUGAUGGCGACUUUACAGUUGGUCGUAUCAAGGAAGAUUGUGCUGUUCAGCUUGAUGAUCCUCCAAAUCCCAAGCGACGCGUCGUCGACGGAAUUGAUCUCGAUAAGCUAGCCGAACGUAUCAGUCAAAUUCCGGUGGCCGAGAUUCGACAACGACGGGAACGCAUGAACGUUUUCUAUCAGGAAGUGCUUUUGACGGCGGAACCGGAUCGAGGGAUACCAUUUACUGCUGUUCUAUUUCUCUUGACCCAUUACAAUGUGAUUGUGGACUCGCGAAGUCUGCGAUUGGAAGAGUUCCUCAGGCGAAGAGCGCGACUGCAACGGGUGAACGAAACGAUUCGAAGAAACACGGUGGUUGGAUUCUUUGAUACUCUACACUGGUCACGGAAAUUCCGACAAGCCAUCAAUCGACGUCGCUAUUCGCGACUUGCAUCUCCGCCCCACCUCGCAGUGCCGGAGAUUUUCAUUGAAGAUCCAGAUGAUCACAUUGACGAAAGCAGCAGUGGUGUUGAGCCACAAGAUUUCACAUCAUCGACACCAGCAUACCGUGCAAAGAAACCAUCACCAAAUCUACCACCAAUUGAUACGUCCGUUCAAUACCGAGAUUCACUUCGCAGUCCAGCAUCGAUCAAGUACGGAGAAUCACCAGUGAGCAGCCCCAUAAUGAGGGCGACGAGACUGGGAUCAGUGGAUACGUCGUACCCGGGACCAACGAGAUCGUCACCCACCACUCCCACACUUGGUCACAGUCGACAUGGCAGUAACCAUGGGGAGAAAGCAUACGCAGGAGUUUUACGACGAGGAGGCCUAGCCGAGAAAGCAGAUGACACACUUAAUGAUCGAAAUGAAGGUGGAUGA